AUGUCUUCACUCGCUCUCGAGCCUCUGUCUAGAUAUGCCUUCGGCGUUUUCGACCACAGUCUUAACCCUGAACCUAGAGAUAGAGCUGAUUUGGAUGAAAAGGCACACGGUAAUGUCAUUGGUUUAUGGAGUGGUAUGUAUAUCAUUUUACACGCACGCAAGGAUGAGCUAAAAACGAUACACAUAGCUGCGCUAUGGUGGCAUGCUAUGGGUGGCGUAUUUUCGCAGCUUGUGCCUUCAUGGCCUGACCAUUGCUUCGCUCUUCGGUGUAACACAGGUCAAUUCGACGUAGGCGAUAUUAUAACCGACAUUUGUACGGCAACCGAGCUUAUCAUCGUGCUUCUGCUAGAGGGAAUGAUGGCGCUCCGAGUACACAUCCUUCUUGGAAAAUCAAAGCGUGUACUCGCAGCACUCGUGAUAGGUUUCUUGGCUAGCCAAGUUGUUACGUUGGCCGUCAUUGUUUCAUUACUUGCGCAUGGGGGAAGUAUCAUACCACCAGAGCACUUACGAAAUAUCCCACAUGCUCUACAAAGCAAAAAUCGCGAUAUCUGGUAUGAAGUCUUGCAGCAAGGCAUCUUCCGACCCUCAAUGGGUCUACUCGCUAUGCUGCUCCACGCUGCUGAUAUACGAGCUGAUGUUGAUUGCGUUCUGCCUACAUCACGCUAUCGCGCACCUCGAGCGACCAUUGUGGACAUCCAUAAGAAGUUACACUGGUUCUCUGACAUCAAUAAUAGUUCGACAAAGCCUGUUCUAUUUUACCGUGUGGGAGAAUCGCCGCCUCUUCGAUGA